CUUACGUAUUUGCCGGGGAUCCCCGUCCGAAAGCAUUAAGUUAGAAGGCGUUUAGUCAUAAUUCAUUUUUAUUGCUCUUUUAAAACAACAGCUUGGCUGAGCCGCGGAUGCCAUGAACAGCUCCGGGCCUCCGCGGCGUUUUGUCUCCUCCUUGCUCCUUCCCUUUCUAGUAGAAGAGCCCUGAAAGAGGCGUUUUGAGCCCAGCAAGUGGCUUGCAGGCCAUCAUUUAACUAGUGACCAAGCUCUCCUUUCGCCCACUCUCCCAGGGCAUUUAAAGAGACUUUAGCUCGAGUCCUGGGGCGCUGGCCUACACGCUCAGAAAACCAGGGUCUUCUACACGGCGGAACGAGCCCCAGGAUUUCGUGGGGGUGGGGAAAGAACGGAGCUACGGAAGCCUUACGGGCUCGAGGCCAGAGGAGACCGCCUUUGUAAGCAACACCGGGAGAGCGGCGCUCUGGGCGGCCAGCCGCGGCGGAGCGGGCUCGGCUGCGAGCGUCCGGCCUGCUGGGAGCCGGGAGCGGUGCGCGGAGGAGCCCCUUCUCUCCCCAUCGUUGGAAGCCUGGAGCUCCUAAGGAAGCCGCCUCCAGGAGGACCGCCUUUCCUUUUCCCAUCUCGAAGAUGAACGUCCCCAGGAAGUGAGAAAGUUGGCACGGUCACCCAGGGCUUCGCAGGACCCGGUCCCUCAGUGACAGAUGGACAAUGCAAGAAUGAACUCCUUCCUGGAAUACCCCAUCCUCAGCGGUGGCGACUCAGGGACCUGCUCAGCGCGAGCCUACCCUUCCGACCAUGGAAUUACAACUUUCCAGUCGUGCGCGGUCAGUGCUAACAGCUGUGGCGGCGACGACCGCUUCCUAGUGGGCAGGGGGGUGCAGAUCAGCCCACCCCACCACCACCACCAUCACCACCCCCAACCGGCCACCUACCAGACUCCCGGGAACCUGGGGGUGUCCUACUCCCAUUCGAGUUGUGGUCCAAGCUAUGGCGCGCAGAACUUCGGCGCGCCUUACAGCCCUUACGCGUUAAAUCAGGAAGCAGAAGUAAGUGGUGGGUACCCCUCGUGCGCUCCCGCAGUUUACUCUGGAAAUCUCUCAUCUCCCAUGGUCCAGCAUCACCACCACCACCAGGGUUAUGCUGGGGGCGCGGUGGGCUCGCCUCAGUACAUUCACCACUCAUAUGGACAAGAGCACCAGAGCCUGGCCCUGGCCACGUAUAAUAACUCCUUGUCCCCUCUCCACGCCAGCCACCAAGAAGCCUGUCGCUCCCCUACAUCAGAGACGUCUUCUCCAGCGCAGACCUUUGACUGGAUGAAAGUCAAAAGAAACCCUCCCAAAACAGGGAAAGUUGGAGAGUAUGGCUACGUGGGUCAACCCAAUGCAGUGCGCACCAACUUCACCACGAAGCAGCUCACUGAGCUGGAAAAGGAGUUCCACUUCAAUAAGUACCUGACGCGCGCCCGCAGGGUGGAGAUUGCCGCAUCCCUGCAGCUCAAUGAGACCCAAGUGAAGAUCUGGUUCCAGAACCGCCGGAUGAAGCAGAAGAAACGAGAGAAGGAGGGCCUCUUGCCCAUCUCUCCUGCCACCCCGCCAGGAAGUGAGGAGAAGGCUGAGGAAUCUUCAGAGAAGUCCAGCUCUUCGCCCUGCAUUCCUUCCCCAGGGUCUUCUACCUCAGACACUCUGACUACCUCCCACUGAGGCCCACCCAGCCCCAAGACUCCACAGCCCAGGCUACUCUGAGGGCUGGGGACUCCCUACCCAAAGCACAUUCUUAGCUUAUCUUCCUUUCCAUUUACAGUCUCUCUCUUCCUUUCUGAUCCUAUCUGGGGAGCUCCUGGCCAGGAUAAGGUGUUUCCAGAGAAUUCUAGAUUAGAGGCUUGAUUGGUGUGUGUGUGCUAACUCCUUGAUGCAGAUUAGGUGCCAUAAUCAAUUUUCUGAUGGCCCCCAACACCCCUCCCUACUUUUAGGAGAUUUCCACAGAAUCUGUUCCUUUCAGAUGUCCUUUGGAAUAUAGUCUCCUUUGCCAGCAGAAGCACGUCAGAGGGAGGCCUAUCCUUUACCUGUCUGUGUAUUUACAGUUCUCCCCUACUUUGCCCUUAAAGUGGGAUAGAGAGAAAGGAGAGUCCAGGAGCUCAUAAAGAAGAGAUGCACUAUGAGCGUGUUUACACAAUUAAAUCAUCCCUUAAUUUAAUUCAAUUUCAUGUGUGUGUUUGCUGGUUGUAAAUACUUUGUCCUGAGAGAUUUAUCUUUAUACAGAUUUUCUAGAAAUGUUUAGAUUAAGUGACUAAAACAGGGUGGGUAACUCAAACUGGUACAAUUUUAUAUGUGAUUAUGGGUUAAAGAAUAAAAUUGCUCACUUAAACUCGGUCAGAUGCCUCAGAGGGUAGCCUGCAUUUGCUCUUUCAAUGAGUUAAGAAGGCCUGCAGAACACAAGGUUCAAAACCUUGCUUCCUGUGCUAAGUCUCUCCCCAUCCCCACCUGUUUAUUGUUUCACUGGCCACACUAUUUGAAAUUUGUGCUGGAUUAUUCAGAACCUAAAGGUAUUAUUCAAACCAGCUUCUUCCUUCCACAGUUAUCUUAGCUGGAUAUGAUGUAUUUUCAGCUCAAUUGUUAAUGUGAUGGAUGGCACAAUGAAUGUAUAUUUUGUGUGAUUCGUGAAUAGUCUUUUGCAUGUCGCACAAUGUUUUGAUGUCCCUGAAGUACCACACUGAGUUAUAUCAGUUAUUCUUUGUGAGCCUAUGAUAUUCCCCCUUUCCUGUACAAUCAUGAACAGCUCUGAGAUCCUGGAGUGAUGUGAUCCAGAGCAGAGUUUACGGGUCUUAAGAUGUCUGUAGUAAAUAUAUUCAAGUUUCACAUAA